CACUCAGCUGGACAGAUAUAGAAACAGUCAGAGAGCCUUACUAUCACUCCUUGAGACCCGUCCGGGAUAAGCUGAUCCAGGACCACGUCGAGCCAGGAUGGAGGUUUCUGUUGAAGAAGAGGAGAACAGCGUACCACCAAACUUUGAGUGCCAGGCUCACCUGGCUCUGAGGGACCGCUGGAAGGAUACGGAUGAGACCAUGUGUCGCCACAGCAUGUCCUUCCACAUCCUCCACACGGUGAGGAGCGAGUUCUUCGCCAGCUACCUGUACCUGGUGGAGAAGAUCCCUCUGGUGAAGCUGUUCCCCGUCACCUGUGAGUACAUCCAAGGGGAGAAACAGUUCUACUACAGAGCUCAGAAGUUCUACGAGGACGUCCCCGCCUCAGAGGAGGGCAUGAUGGGAGAUUUUGUGGAAAUAUCCAACGUCGAUCUGGAAGGUUCCCGGCAGUUUCUGAAGAGGUUUGUGGGUCCCGGGAAAGCCGGGACUCACCGCGCCCUGGACUGUGGCUGUGGGAUCGGCCGGGUGUCCAAAGGCGUCCUCCUUCCCGUGUUUGAGAAAAUGGAGAUGGCCGACAUGAUGGAGCACUUCCUGCUCCACGCGCACGAGGAGUACCUGGGCGACGACGCCGACCGCAUCGAGACGUACUACUGCUACAACCUGCAGGAGUUCACCCCGCCCAAAAACAAAUACGACGUCAUCUGGAUGCAGUGGGUGGCGUGCCACCUGACGGAUAAGGACUUGAUGAACUUCCUGUUCCGCUGUAAGAAGAGCCUUCGUCCUAACGGGGUCAUCAUCAUGAAGGACAAUAUGGCGCGGCAGGGCUGUAAGCUGGACCCCAUCGACAGCAGCAUCAGCCGCCACCUGGACAUCAUGAGGGUCAUCAUCGCCAAGGCCGGCCUGGAGAUCCUCGCCGUGGAGAGGCAGGAGGGCUUCCCUGAGAUCAUCAUGCCUGUCUGGAUGAUUGCUAUGAAAUAGAGCUGGCGGUAUACAACCCUAAUUCCAAAAAAGUUGGGUCGCUGUAAAUGAAAACAGAAGUCAAUGAUUGUCUAAUCUCAUAAACAUAUUUGAUUCUCAGUAGAACAGAAACAACAGAUCAGAGGCUAAACUGAGACGUUUUAACAUUUAUUCAAAUAUCCACUCAUGUGACUUUGAUUACGUCUCAAAAAAGUAGGGACAGGUCCAUGUUUACCAUCUUGUAGCAUCCCCUCUUCUUUAACAACAGUCUGUAAACGUCUGGGAGGGAGGAGACCAGCUGAUGGAGAGG